AAAUACCCCCGUACCGUAUCUUAAAUACCCCUUCGCCCACGGCCAACGAAACAACAACUCCUCCGCCGCAAGGGUAAAGUAUUGGACAAAUUUGCGAUGGCGGCGUUGGAUCCAGAUGCGGUGGCCAAGGCCUUCGUCGAGCACUACUACUCCACGUUCGACACCAAUCGGGCGGGGCUCGCGAGCCUCUACCAGGACGCGUCGAUGCUCUCUUUUGAGGGGCAGAAAUUCCAAGGCACCCAAAACAUCACCGCUAAGCUCACCAGCUUGCCUUUCCAGCAGUGCCAGCACCAUAUCACCACCGUUGAUUGCCAGCCGUCCGGCCCCGCCGGUGGAAUGCUUGUUUUUGUUUCUGGUAAUCUCCAGCUCUCCGGAGAGCAGCACACUCUCAAGUUUAGUCAGAUGUUCCAUCUGAUGCCAACACCUCAGGGCAGCUUCUAUGUAUUCAACGACAUCUUUCGGCUCAACUAUGCAUAAGGAGAGUCUUGAAUACCAUUUCCUUUGUUUUGGUGAUUGAUGGAUCUUUAUUUUUUAUUCCAAAUAUUGGACAAAAUUACUUGCUCUUGCUGUGCUGUUGAUGCUUUGUUACAAUGACCAAGAGUUUUUUUCUUGUAUGGUUAUACCAAUCACAUUUUCCUUUCAUAUAUUGGAACCAAUGGUGUCUGACAA